AUGACAACAACUAGCUCGCAGCCUGUGGUGAUUCGCAUCCCGAGACGCAUGCAAGAAUGGAUAGAGAACAUCAAACAGAUGCAAAGCAAAAAGUUUGACAGACUGCCAACAGCCAAGCCGGGCAGACUGCUGAUCAAGAGCAAAAACCCACAGCGAAACUAGUCUGUCGCAUAUACACAUGGCAAAUUUGAACAACCUGUUCUGACUUCUAAGGGAUGGAAAAGAAACGAAGCACUAGGGGAUUACUUCACCAUAAACAGCAUCCAGAGUUCUCCACCAUUCAUGGGAAAACAGGAGGGCGAGGGUGAUGACAGAGCUACUACCCCCAUGAAGACAUUUGAUUGCUUUAAUAUGAGUCCAGAACUGUUAGAGACUUUACACAGUCAGAAUAUAAUUCACUCCACUACAGUGCAGAUUCAAACCAUUCCCAAGAUAUUAAGGGUACGAAAAGUCCUCUGUGCUGCAGAGACAGGAAGUGGUAAAACACUUGCUUACCUCCUUCCCAUCAUCCACAAGCUGCAGGCUAAAAAGCAGAAAGAACAGUUCACAGACUCUGAGGGAAAUAUUCAAGCUGUGGUCGUGGUCCCAUCAAGGGAACUGGCAGGAGUCACAUCAGUAGCUGCUCAACUGGCCAACGUUGGGCUUGUGGUCAAAGUUGCAAGGGGUGGGAGAGGUGUGGGAAACAUCAAAGCAGCGUUCUCUCACAGUCAGUCCAAUGUUUUAGUGGCCACCCCUGGUGCCCUGCUGAAGACCCUUUGGGAGCGAUUCGUCAGUUUGAGUGAACUAAACUUCCUCGUGAUCGACGAAGCUGACACCAUAUUUGAUAUCAGCUUUGCAGGCCUGCUUGACAAUAUUCUCUCCCAUGUCCAGGUGGCAUCCAAGCUCUCUGAGACAGCUGGGCUCACCCGUAAAACUCAGCUGGUGGUAGUGGGAGCCACAUUCCCCCGUGGUGUGGGAGAGGUCCUCAGCAAGGUGACUGACCUGGGCAGCAUUGUCACCGUUAAAAGCCUGAUGCUGCAUUAUCUCAUGCCACACGUAAAGCAGAUGUUUCUCAGGGUGAACAGUGCGAACAAGUUUUUAGAGCUGCAUCAGGCUCUGAAGUAGGCCGUACCGGAGCAUAUUGGUCUUCUUGUAUUCUGUCAUUCGACAUCCACUGUCAACUUGCUGGGAUACUCAAUGGAGGAAAUUGGCAUUCGUCACAUGAGGCUCCAGGAAGAGAUGCCAGCAGCCAUGAGAGAGGGAAUCUUCAGAAACUUUCAGAGAGCAAUUGUUGAUGUUCUAAUAUGCACUGACAUAGCUUCAAGAGGCUUGGAUACACAAAGAGUUCGACUUGUUGUCAAUUAUGAUUUUCCAGAGAUCCACAUGGAUUACAUCCACAGAGCAGGGCACGUAGGGACAGCAGGUGGUGCAGGUGGAGGGGAGGUGCUCAGCUUCAUUACGUACCCCUGGGAUGUGGAACUUGUGCAGAGAAUAGAGACAGCAGCCAGGAGGAGAAUGUCUUUACCAGGGAUGGAGUCAGAAAUUAAAACACCCAGUCCUAAAACAGACUUGAAAAUAAAUGAGCAAAAAGUACAUUAA